CACGUUCAUAAGGUACCGCAGGUGGGCCCGGCGGCUUAAUGCCCCUUGCGCCGGCCAGCUCCGCACAGCGCGCAGACCGCCCCGAGGACCCCGCCGAGGACCCCGCCGAGCACGCCGUGACAGCCCGGUCGGGUGCCGCGACCCGCGCGACGUCGCGUAUAGUGCGUGAGUGACGACGCCCCAAGUGAGACAGUGCGCGGCGAGCAACAUGCAUCCCGGCGGCAGCACCCUGGGCCUGCGCGGCCUGCUGGCUGCCCUGCUGGCCACCAUGUGCCUGGCUGCUGCGGACGCCGCCUACGUCCUGGAGACCCCGGAAUACAUCCUCCCCUGCAGCAGGAGUGACCCCAAACUGAACGACUGCGUCAAGAGGCUGUUCAACCACCUUCGACCCUACCUCAUACGCGGUAUCCCCGAGAUAGAUGUACCGCCGGUAGAGCCGCUCUCCAUCAACAAGCUGUACAUGGAAAAUGGUCACGGGCCGGUGCGAGUGCGCGCCGCCUUCAACAACGUCACCGCCUUCGGCGCGAGCAACUAUAGCAUCAACAACGUCAAGGCCGACGUGCCGCACUGGAAGAUCGAGCUCCACCUUACCAUCCCGCGCAUCGAGGUGAAGGGCCAGUACGAGGUGACGGGAAACGUGCUGCUGUUUCCGGUGCGCUCCAAGGGUGACUUCUGGGCAGCUUUCAGCGACAUCAAGUCGAUCGCCACCAUCAACGGCCACGAGAUCUUCCAAGAUGGCAUCAAGUUCCUCAAGAUCCAGUCAAUCGGGGCUGACUUCAACCUGGGCAAGUCCAGGUUCAAGAUCAAGGACGUCAUCAACCGCAGCAACCUGCUCGGAGAAGCCAUGAACAGGUUCCUCAACGAAAACGCUGACGUCAUCAUUGAUGAGAUGAAGCCAGCCGCGGCUGCCAGCAUCAGCAGGCACUUCACGGGCUUCCUCAACAAGGCCUUCCUGAAGAUCCCCGUCGACAUCUGGCUUACCGAGUAGAGCGCCCCAGCAACACACGCCGAGGGCGAUGUCUACGACGCCGAGGUGCUGGGCCGAUAUUCGGCCGAUAUGCACCCGACAGAAAGGCACUUGGCGCACUCUCCACUCGUGCUGGCCUGUCCAAUACGGAAAGGAGUAUGGCCAUACUAAGAGCACAAGAGAUGCAUUUUAUACCAAAAUUAAUAUUUAUACGGGAAAAAUUACAUCUCCCAGAGCUCAGGCCAACUUACCGUCCAGAAAGUGCGUCCGGUUUUUCUUAGAUUAAUUCGAAAAAUUAGGGAAGCUGGGCGCCUGCUGGACGCAGGAUAGGCCACCCAGCGGUACACACAUGCACUGCAGUUGAUUUGUUGCCUAUAUAUCAGGCGCUAUGAGAGCUCGCAGAGGCUAAACUUGGUAAGUUCGUAACGGCGAAUGACGGACGUACUUUCUGGAUGGUCCAUCAGCACCGCACUCGCCGUCAGGUCCCGCCUAGGCUACAUGGUUGUUGUUCGGAUCCAAGCGGGAUCUGCUACUCUUCGCGCGGUCUGUGUAUACGCUGGGUCAAAAAGUUAAAGCGAGCUCUGGGACAGCCUGCUUAUAUCAAAGACAUGCGUGUACUAAAUUUCUUUUAUUUUUAUUUUUAUUUGCUUAUACAAAAUACUUUUUAAGUUGUUUGAAAAAAAAUAUUAAAAAGAAAGUUUCGAUCUCUUGCAGCUUAUACGUUAAGUUUUUUAAAACUGUUCUGAUUAUGUUUGAAAAGACUAGAAUAAGGAAGAUUUUAAGUACUGCACUAACCAUGCUAUAAAGGACACUUUCAUGAACAUGUUUACGUCCAAACAUGAUUACAAGCCCCAUAUACGUUAUGAAGAAAAGUGUACCUGUGAUACCGUAGAACAUUUAGAAGAAUUGCUUACUUAUACAUUACAAAGUUAUGUUAAUGAUCAAUACAGAAAAAAAAGAAAAUCCUGCCCAAAAAAAGGAAUUUUGUCAACUCCUUGAAGUUUUAUUGUUUUUCUAUUAUUUUCCAGACAUGUAGGACUUUGGUUAAUCAUUAAUUUAGCUUUAAGUGUAGAAUAUAGAUCGACUGUAACUACUGUAUGACAUUUGAUGCAAAUUGUGAUUGUUAUGAUUGUUUUUUUAAAUUAAACCACAGAAGUUUUUUU